AUGGCUUCAACACAGAGCAGCGGGCUUCAGAGGCGCAGAGGAGCUGGGGCUGCAUCCGCCUCGGCAGGUCCUAGCAAAUCUGCCAAUCGCAUCGACGAUGACGACUUCCUGCCCUCACGCGCCUCUUCGCCUGCCCUGGGUCGAGCCGCUACACCAACAAACUCGUCGCUCAAGGCUGGUGGCAUUCCGAUCUCUGCCUACGGCUCACGCUCAGCAACAGGGUCCGUAACGACGUACGACGAGUCUAUAGGGCACCGAGUCGCAUACGACCCCCGUGAUCUCAACGAUGAAAAGGAGAUUGGAGAAAAUCCUCGACUGACUCUCAUGGAAGAGAUCCUGCUUCUGGGCUUGAAGGACCGACAAGGUUACCUGUCAUUUUGGAACGACAAUAUCUCAUACACUCUUCGCGGAUGCAUACUCAUUGAGCUCGCGUUGCGUCGCAGGAUCGCCAUCACCAAAGACCCGAUGCGCAAACGGUUCAGCUUGACGGAGAGGGUGGUGGAGGUGAUUGAUGGCAAAAUGACCGGGGAAGUAUUACUCGAUGAGGCCUUGAAAAUGAUGAAAGGCAGCGAGAGCAUGUCCGUAGCUCAAUGGGUCGACCUCAUGAGUGGCGAGACGUGGAAUGUCAUGAAGAUCGGUUACCAGCUCAAGCAAGUGCGUGAGCGGCUUGCCAAAGGACUCGUCGACAAAGGUAUCCUUCGCACCGAGAAGCGCAACUUUCUUCUCUUCGAUAUGGCAACACAUCCACUCAACGACACCAGUUGCAAAGAUGCUGUCUUGCGGCGCGUCUUGGCGCUGCUCACUUCGAACUCACCCACAGUUCAUGCCAAUACUUUCUACAAGGAAGACUCGUCUUCGAGCGGACGACCGGUGGCACUGCGCGUCACGCGAGCGCUCUGCUUGCUCUGCUGCAGCUUUUCGGCAAAUGUGUUGGAGAAUGCGUUGAAUCACCUCUCGUACGAGGCGCGCGAAUCGGCAUUUCAAAAGGCAGAUGACAUUUUAGAAGAGUUUGCAAACUGGCCCAUGGCUCCUGGUGCUGGUUUGGCGGGCGGUGGUGUAGGUGGCGGUAGCAGUGGCGGCGUUCCAACCAGCAUUUCGUCCAAUGGGCCUAGAGUCAAAGCGAAUGGCGGAGCGAGGAUUGGCGAGGGAUCGAUGCUGAAUGAGCGUGCGUACAACGAAGUGGGCAAUGUGGGCGCUUCGGUGCAGGAGUUGGGCAAGGCGCUACAGAAGGAGUUGGAGCAGGAAGGAGAUGCAUUUAUGUUUGAGUGCAUCGCAGCUGUUCUCAACGUCUUGAGUAGGAUGGAUUCACUUUUGUAG